GGUCAAAUGACUCCGCAUGUCUGCUUCUGUGUACAACAUCCCUCUAUGGUGCACGGCAGAUGAAGAAACACCUCCAGCGCGUAUCCAGUUCAGAUUUGAUUGUGACCAAGAUCUGAAGUGGGAUGUCUCUGUGAAAGUUUGAAAAGUGGACUUCAGACUGUGAUCCCUGUAGCCCCUAAGCAGGAGACAGAAGAUUCCGCCAACAUGUUCAGCACCAAAAGACUGAAGAAGAAGUCUCAGUCGGUGGAUAUUGGGAGUCAGGGUUUCUCCCCGACUUUGGUGCCAGCCUCGCCCCUUAAUAGGACGGCGCCCCCUGUUGCCAAGACGCUCGCAGUGCAGGAGAAUAACACCACCAACUCCCAGAAGCGUAACCCCAGAGUCGGAGAGCUGAAGAGGGGCUACACCAUAGAUACCGGCCAGAAGAAGACCCCUGAGAAGAAAGAUGGGAGGCGCAUGUCGUUCCAGAGACCCAAAGGCACCGUUGAGUAUUCUGUGGAAUCGCGGGACACGUUGAACAGCAUUGCACUCAAGUUUGACACCACGCCCAACGAGCUGGUUCAGCUCAACAAGCUUUUCUCAAGAGCAGUGGUGCCUGGCCAGGUCCUGUACGUUCCUGAUCCCGAGUACGUCUCCAGUGUUGGAAGCUCCCCUUCCCUCAGCCCUAUCAGCCCUUUGUCCCCCACCUCCUCUGAAGCUGAUUUAGACAAAGUGACGAUGGCUUUAAUCCAGGGGUGUCCAAACUUUUUUCAUCAAGGGCCACAUAUGUAAACACAAAUGAAGCAGAGGGCCGAUUGAGGGCCAUAGACUGGUACUCAAUACAGUAAAUAAUUGAAAUAUGUGCAUAUUUAACACAUUAGAAAGAAUAUAGACUGAUGGCGCAUUUUAAGAUCCUUAAAAUCACACACUAAGGUAGAUUUUUUGAAAACUUGCAGGAAAAAGUUCAUUUUUAAUUCAUGCAAGGUAAUUUGGGCCAGUUCACCUGGAAGCCUGAGGGCCAAGAAAAAAUUGUCUGAGGGCCACAUUUGGCCCACGGGCCAUAUUUUGGACAUGCCUGCUUUAAUCUAUACUGUGGAACAUUCUAUACAAAGCAAUAACAUUUCCAUAGAGACAAGCAGGUGGCACAACCUCCACUAGAAAUGUUACACACUG